AUUUGCCUUCAGAUAUUCAAAAAGUGAUCAUUGGUGAAGAGGAGGAGGAGCAGCAGAUGGACCCAGAGCCUCCACACAUUAAAGAAGAGCAGGAGGAUCCAGAGCCCCCACACAUUAAAGAGGACCACGAGGACCCAGAGCCCCCACACAUUAAAGAGGAGCAGGAGGAUCCAGAGACCCCACACAUUAAAGAGGAGCAGGAGGAGCUGUGGAGCAGUCAGGAGGGAGAGCAGCUUCAAGGUCUGGAGGAGGCUGAUAUCACCAAGUUCCCAUUCACUCCUGUCCCUGUGAAGAGUGAAGAUGAUGAAGAGAAACCUCAGUCCUCACAGCUUCAUCAAAGACUAACUGAACAGAUGGAAACAGAAGCUGAUGGAGAGGACUGUGGAGGACCAGAACCAGACAGGGACUCACAUCCAGAUACACAUUUACAACCAGAGACUGAGGACAAGACUGGAGAGUCUUCUGUUGCUCAGAUUGAAGUCAGUGUUGAUGAUUGCAAGGAGAUCAGAGAACCUCAUUCUGGUAUAAAGUCUCUGAAAAGUAGUAAAGCUUGUCUCAGUGAAAUGAGACCUAGUGCUCGUGAGAAACCAUUCAGCUGUUCUGAGUGUGGGAAAAAAUUUGGCACCAAGACACACCUGAACAUACACAGGAGAACUCAUACAGGAGAAAAACCUUUCAGCUGUUCAGUGUGUGGUAAAGCGUUCAGUGAAAAUGGAAAACUGAAGCUACACAUGAAAACUCAUACUGGAGAGGAACUGUUUAACUGCUCAGUGUGUGGGAAAAUAUUUUUGUGCAUGGCAUAUCUAAAGAGACACAUGACAACCCAUACAGGAGAAAAGCCAUUUAAGUGCUCAGUGUGUAGUAAAGCAUUUUCAUGCAGGUCACAUCUGAAGAGGCAUAUGACAACUCAUACAGGAGAGAAGACAUUCAAUUGCUCUGUGUGUGGUAAAGCUUUCAGUGAAAGUAGAGGACUAAAAGUACACAUUAGAACUCAUACACAAAAGAAACUAUUCAAUUGUUCAGUGUGUGAUAAAACUUUUAGUGAAACUGGAAUGCUGAUGAUACAUAUGAGAGCCCAUACAGGAGAGAAACCGUUUAAUUGCUCA